AUGGAAACAAUUAUUGAGGGAUCAGAGUCAGAAAGCUCAAGCUCAAGCUCAGGAUCAAAUGAUUUGGGAAGAUCAAAUCAGUCGGAUAUGUCGACAUCUUCACAAAGUUUAGAUGGUUUAGGGAGAUCAAGUGAAAAUUCAAAUAAGUCAGACCUUAUUAUUAAUUGUCCUUUAUGCAAUAAUGCCUUUGAUAAUUAUUAUAGUUUUAUGUUACAUUAUGAAGCUAAACAUGUACACUUAGUUCGGCGAAUUAGGAAUCAAUAG